AUUGCGCAGUUCACGGACCUUCUGUCUGCGUGUUGUUACUCAUCAAACAUUGUGACAGAGAUGUCUUCUGCACUGAGUCUGCGUCUUCUCCACUGCUACUCGAGGCCAGGCACAUUCGGAUACAGCCCCGGGGUAACUCGCCCAUUCAGUGUCAGUGUGCUGAGAGAGGGCUUCAAGUAUGUAAAUGCUCAGGAGCUGCCAACAGACCUGAGGUCCAUCACUGACCGGGCUGCCACGACUCUUCUUUGGACCGAGCUCUUUAGAGGUUUGGCGAUGACCAUGAGUUACCUGUUCCGUGAACCAGCCACCAUCAACUACCCGUUUGAGAAGGGCCCUCUGUCACCCCGCUUCCGUGGCGAGCACGCCCUCCGCCGCUACCCUAAUGGAGAGGAGCGCUGCAUUGCCUGUAAGCUGUGUGAGGCCGUCUGCCCCGCUCAGGCCAUUACCAUUGAAGCUGAGACUCGCGCUGAUGGCAGCAGGAGAACUACUCGCUAUGACAUUGAUAUGACCAAAUGUAUCUAUUGUGGCUUCUGCCAGGAAGCCUGUCCCGUUGAUGCCAUUGUUGAGGGUCCAAACUUUGAGUUCUCCACAGAGACCCACGAGGAGCUGCUGUACAACAAAGAGAAGCUGCUGAACAACGGAGACCGAUGGGAGGCUGAGAUAGCAGCCAACAUACAGGCAGAUUACCUGUACAGAUAGACUCACUGUUGCAUCUGUUCACUGUGUGUGAAGAUGCAUCAUACAGGAAAAUGAUACAUCUUAUCGUCCUCCUACACAUUAAAGAGAUCAUAUGUAGCUUUACAGAUGCUCUAGGGAGUUACAUAUAAGCAAUGAAGCCUUGCAGCCUCAUAUUCUGUUAUCAGAACUGAGAAAAAACACAAACGCACAAAUGAUACGUCGCACAGAUCGAUGAUGUUGCACUUUUAUGAUGUUGACUAUAACGUGUAACCCAUGUAGCCUAUGCACAGUCUGAUAGACCAUUUUCUGCUGCACUUUAAAAUCCUGUUUUAUCUGAUGUAAUAGCACAUUUUCUGGAAGGGUAUAUUUAUGUAAUGUUGCUGAAGCUA